CACUUUGUUGAAAACCAAGUGUCCUUAUUUAGAGAAUAUUGUUCUUGCUGUUUUAUUAAGUAAGACUUGGAUUUCAAAUAGGAAAUGGGAUUUUAAACCAACUUUACCGGAAAUUAAACUUUACACAGAGGCCUCAGCACAGAUAAAUCCAACUACGUUUGCUCCGUUUGGAGUUUUAAAAUGACGAGUCCUACCAGGAGUAUAGAUGACCAGAAAGUCAUCGGUGAAAGUCCAGCUCACAAGCCGGAGACCCCCAGGUAUCGCAGCUGGAGCAGCCUCCACUUCUCCAGAUGGAGAUGCAGCUCCCUGAGGAACACCCCUCCAGGUACCCCCUCCCCAAAAGCAGAGAAGAAGAGCGAUGUCACCAGGACCCUGUUCUCCCUGGUCAAGACGCACAACGACGACUACGUCGCUGACCCCGAUGGAGCCCCGGACCCCACCGGUGUGGGCGAGGUGAGCUAUGAUGACCUCUUGCAGGACCAGUCCACCUACUUCCAGAAGCAGUUUGGCUCCAUGCUGCAGCCAGGGGUCAACAAGUUCUCCCUGCGCAUGUUCGGCAGCCACAAGGGGGUCGCUGCAGAACAGGAAAGAGUCAAGAGCUUUGGGGUGUGGAUCAUUCACCCCUACAGUGACUUCAGGUUUUACUGGGAUAUCGUGAUGCUACUGUUGAUGAUGAGCAACCUGGUCAUUCUCCCUUGGGGAAUCACCUUUUUUGAAGACCAGAACACUUUGCCUUGGAUCGUCUUCAACGUCAUGUCUGACACCAUCUUCCUCAUGGAUUUGUUCUUCAACUUCCGUACAGGUAUCCUAGGAGAGGACAGCCACAUUAUUCUGGACCCCAAAGAGAUUCGAGUCCAUUACCUCCGUACCUGGUUCCUGGUAGACUUCAUCUCCUCUAUCCCUGUUGACUACAUCUUUCUUAUUGUUGACAUGGAGUCCCGGCACGAGUCGUCCGACGUGUACCGUACAGCACGUGCCCUACGAAUUGUACGUUUCACUAAGAUUCUCAGUCUGUUGCGCCUUCUCCGGCUUUCUCGUCUGAUCCGGUACAUUCACCAGUGGGAAGAGAUUUUCCACAUGACCUAUGACCUGGCCAGUGCUGUGGUGCGGAUAGUCAACCUGAUAGGAAUGAUGCUGUUGUUGUGCCACUGGGAUGGUUGCCUCACCUUCAUGGUUCCCAUGCUGCAGGACUUUCCUCCAGACUGCUGGGUAUCUAAGAACAACAUGGUGAACGCCACCUGGCACAUCCAGUACUCUUAUGCCCUGUUCAUGGCCAUGAGUCACAUGUUGUGCAUAGGAUAUGGCGCUCACCCUCCAGAGGGCAUGAGUGACGUUUGGCUUACCAUGGUCAGCAUGGUUGUUGGAGCCACCUGCUACGCCAUGUUCUUGGGUCACGCAACUAACUUGGUCCAAUCCUUGGACGCAUCCCAUCGCCAGUAUCAAGAGAAGUAUAAGCAAGUGGAACAGUACAUGUCGUUCCAUAAAUUACCGGCAGACGUCCGACAAAGGAUCCACGAUUAUUACGAGCACCGAUUUCAAGGCAAGAUGUUUGAUGAGGACAGCAUACUUGGAGAACUCAGUGAUCCGCUCAAGGAGGAAAUCGUCAGCUACAACUGUCGUGGACUCGUAGCCAACAUGCCGCUCUUCGCCAACACUGACCCUCAUUUUGUGACGGUGAUCCUGACCAAGUUGCGUUUUGAAGUUUUCCAACCAGGAGACUUCAUAAUUCGAGAAGGAACGCUGGGUCGAAAAAUGUACUUCAUCCAACACGGCACCGUCACAGUCAUCCCACGCGGCAGUAAGGAGAUAAAACUCAGCGAUGGAGCAUAUUUUGGAGAGAUCUGCCUUUUAACCCAGGGCCGACGGACAGCCAGCGUGAGGGCCGACACCUACUGCCGUCUUUACUCCCUGAGCGUGGACGAUUUCAACGAGGUCCUGGAGGAGCAUCCUCUGAUGAGGAGGGCGUUCGAGAGCGUGGCCGUGGAUCGACUCGAUCGGGUUUCACGAAGGCCCAGUUAUCAGCCUCCAACCACUGAGUCGGAGUGACACCCCAACCAGAAAGAGACUGACGGGGGGCAAAUCUCUAACUUUUUUACUGGAUUUCACUGUUUCCAUCCAUUAUCUUU